AUGUCACACUUUUUCAAGAACCCAGUUGCAGAUUUGUCCUUGUUUCAGUUGAAGAUGGGUAUUUGCAAUCAGGAUGCAGUCAAGCAGUUGCAAUCCAUGAUGGAAAAUGUGAAUGAGCAGCAGAAGAUCACAUUCCAGUCAUAUGUUGCUCUCAAGAUCCAAAAAAGUGCAGCCCAGUUUGUUCAGGCAGCACUUCAUGAGAUUGAUGUUCUUUCAUACAUUGCUAAGGGUGACCCUUCAAAUUCGAAGUUUGUUGUUCAAUUAAUUGACCACUUUAAAUACACUGGCCCGAAUGGGCAACACCUUUGCAUGGUUAUCGAGUUUCUUGGUGAUAGCUUGCUACGUCUGAUCAAAUAUAACCGAUACAAAUGCCUUCCAUUGAAUAAAGUUAGGGAAAUGUGCAAAUACAUUUUGAUUGGUUUGGAUUACUUGCACAGAGAACUUGGUCUAAUCCACACUGACCUCAAACCUGAAAAUAUUCUUCUACUUUCAACCAUUGAUGCUGCCAAAGACCCUUUUAAAUUUGGACAAUCCCCAAUUCUGGAGAGGCCCGAGGGAAGCAUCAACGGUGGAGAUAGAUUGAAUGGGCUGAAUCAAGGAGGACUAAGACAAAGAGCAGAAGCUUUGGCUGCUUUAAACUCUGCAUUUAAAUCAUCUUCCGAAACCAAAAGUUCUAGUCCUAAGACAACCGGAAGAAGUCAUGGAUCACAAAGAGCAGCAGCAGUAGCUGCUCUCUCUCAAGUUCUUACUGCUGAGAAGAAGAAAAAAUCACCUAAUUCUUCUCUUACUGCUGAGAAGAAGAAACAAGAGGACUAUGAUGAUGAUGAGGAUGAAGAUGACACUGAAGACUAUAGCUGA